UCCCUCUUCCUCUGACUGUCAGUGUCCCUGCUUAACUUACACUCUUCUCUUCACCAAGCUCUUCACCAUGAGCAGACAAGCCAGCAAGACAUCUGGUGGCGGGAGCCAGGGUUUCUCUGGCCACUCUGCUGUGGUCUCCGGCAGCAGCAGGAUGAGCUGUGUGACCCGCUCUGGGGUAGCUGGUGGAGGAGCCUAUGGCUUCCGGAGCGGAGCAGGUGGCUUUGGCAGUCGCAGCCUCUACAACCUGGGUGGCAACAAGAGCAUCUCCAUCAGCGUGGCAGCUGGUGGCUCCCGGGCUGGAGGCUUUGGGGGAGGCCGUAGCAGCUGUGGCUUUGCAGGUGGCUAUGGAGGUGGCUUUGGGGGCGGCUAUGGAGGUGGCUUUGGUGGUGUCAGAGGAAUGGGAGGUGGCUUUGGUGGAGCUGGUGGCUUUGGAGGGGCUGGUGGCUUUGGAGGGGCUGGUGGCUUUGGAGGGGCUAGUGGCUUUGGUGGUCCUGGUGGCUUUGGUGGUCCUGGUGUCUUUGGUGGGCUUGGCAACUUUGGCAGUCCUGGUGGCUUUGGCCCUGGGGGCUUUCCUGGGGGAAUUCAGGAAGUGACUAUCAACCAGAGUCUCCUGCAGCCCCUCAAUGUGGAGAUCGACCCCCAGAUUGGGCAAGUAAAGGCCCAGGAGCGGGAACAGAUCAAGACCCUCAACAACAAGUUUGCCUCCUUCAUUGACAAGGUACGGUUCCUGGAGCAACAGAACAAGGUCCUGGAGACCAAGUGGAACCUGCUCCAGCAGCAGAGCACAAGUUCCAUCUCAGGCACCAACAACCUUGAGCCUCUUUUUGAGAAUCAUAUCAACUACCUGCGGAGCUACCUGGACAACAUCCUCGGGGAGAGAGGGCGCCUGGACUCUGAGAUGAGGAAUAUGCAGGACCUGGUGGAGGACUUCAAGAAAAAAUAUGAGGAUGAAAUCAAUAAACGUACAGCUGCUGAGAAUGAAUUUGUGACUCUGAAGAAGGAUGUGGACAGUGCCUAUAUGAACAAGGUGGAGCUUCAGGCCAAAGUGGAUGCCUUGAUAGAUGAGAUCAACUUCCUGAGGACCCUCUACGAUGCUGAGCUGUCUCAGAUGCAGAGCCACAUCAGUGACACAUCUGUGGUGCUGUCCAUGGAUAAUAAUCGCUCCCUGGACCUGGACAGCAUCAUUGCUGAAGUUCGUGCACAGUAUGAGGAUAUCGCUCAGAGAAGCAAGGCCGAAGCUGAGGCCCUGUACCAGACCAAGUUGGGGGAGCUACAGACUACAGCUGGCAGGCAUGGGGAUGACUUAAGAAAUACCAAGAGCGAGAUCAUAGAGCUCAACAGAAUGAUCCAGAGGCUGCGGGCAGAGAUCGAGAGUAUCAAGAAGCAGAAUGCCAACCUGCAGACAGCCAUUGCGGAGGCUGAGCAGCGUGGGGAGAUGGCCCUCAAGGAUGCCAAUGCCAAGCUCCAAGAGCUGCAGGCUGCUCUACAGCAGGCAAAGGACGACCUGGCGCGGCUGCUACGUGACUACCAGGAGCUGAUGAAUGUCAAGCUGGCCCUGGACGUGGAGAUUGCCACCUACCGCAAGCUGCUGGAGGGUGAGGAGUACAGGAUGUCUGGAGAGUGUCCCAGCGCUGUCAGCAUCUCCGUGGUCAGCAGCAGCACGACUUCCGCCUCCGCAGGUGGCUAUGCAGGCGGUUACGGCGGAGGCGUGGGCGGUGGCUUAGGAGGUGGCCUUGGCGCGGGCGGAGGCUCAAGCAGUGGCUUUGGCCGGGGAGGCGGCGGUGGACUCGGCGGUGGAAUCGGCGGUGGAUUUGGCGGCGGCAGCAGCGGCGGUUUCAGCGGUGGCAGCGGCUUUGGCUCCAGCUCCGGCGCCCGCUAUGGAGUCAGUGGCGGGGGCUUCAGCUCGGCCAGCAACCGGGGAGGCAGCAUCAAGUUCUCCCAGUCCUCCCAGUCCUCUCAGCGCUACUCCAGAUAAAGAGUACGCAUCAGCAUCGCAGCCACCCCAGCGCUUCCUCUCCUCUCCCCACGCCCCCAUCUCGGCAACACCCCCAGCGCCACACCUUGCUUCCCAAGAACGUGGCUCUAAGCUGGAAGGUUGGUGGCCUCUUGCUCCUCCUUCCAGAUCCCUGGCCAAGCCCAGUCACGAGAAUUUCAGGCUCCCCUCUCUGGCUCCAGCCUGUGCCUGUGAUUGUACAGGUGUGGCCUAGGCCGCCACCUUCUGCUGUCCCGGGGUCCCUUCCCUGGGUGGGAUGUUCACUACAGCUCUGAUGUAUAUAGCAUACAGCCCCCUCCGCCCCUCUGGUCUUUCGCCAAUAAAGUGCACUGUUUCA